GGAAAGGCACUGACAUCGCCCUUUCUGUUUGGAAACUCCCCCGGCGCACGAAUUGUACUCUGCUUUUACUUCUCUUCAAAGUCUCUGACACGGCAUGCAGAUAAGCUCGGUCUUCCUCCUGCAGUAAUUGCAAGCUGACCAGACAUCUUCCGGGUCUUCCUCAGUUCUUGUUCUGAGAAAAGGGAAAGAAAAGAAAAGAAAAGAAACGCCAUGGCAGGAUCAGACAGCAGCGGUUCCCAGUCGAGAGAGCUAGACCAGACCCCAACAUGGGCUGUGGCGAUCGUUUGUGCUGCAUUCAUCGUCAUCUCUCUCGUGCUGGAGAAGUUCCUGCACAAAGUUGGAACGUGGCUCACAGAGAGGCACAAGAGCGCCUUAUACGAGGCUCUGGACAAGGUCAAAUCAGAGCUGAUGAUUCUGGGCUUCAUUUCACUACUCCUCACUUUUGGUCAGAGUUAUGUAUCUAGGAUAUGCAUUCCCCAAAAGGUCGCAGACACUAUGUUGCCGUGCCGCUACGACAAUAAAAAAGAUGAGUCCUCGAAAGGAGGACAUCGGAGACUUCUGUGGUACGAGAGGAGAUCCUUGGCUGCCGGUAGCUAUGCUCCUAGUUGCAAGACGGGGCACGAACCGCUUAUAUCAGUCAACGGAUUGCAUCAGUUACACAUCCUGAUAUUCUUCUUGGCAGUCUUUCACGUGCUGUACAGUGCAAUCACAAUGAUGCUUGGGCGACUGAAGAUUCGUGGCUGGAAGCAAUGGGAGCAAGAAACCAUGUCCCCCGACUACGAGUUCUCCAAUGAUCCAUCUCGAUUCAGGCUCACUCAUGAGACCUCCUUCGUCAGAGCGCACACCAGUUUCUGGACGAGGAUUCCCUUCUUCUUUUACAUUGGAUGCUUCUUUAGGCAGUUUUUCAAGUCCGUUGGUAAGGCAGACUACUUGGCGCUGCGUAAUGGUUUCAUCACCGUCCAUUUAGCACCGGGAAGUAAAUUUAACUUCCAAAAGUAUAUCAAGAGGUCAUUAGAAGAUGAUUUCAAGGUCAUCGUAGGAGUCAGCCCUGUGUUGUGGGCGUCAUUCGUUAUCUUCUUGCUUCUAAAUGUCAGAGGAUGGCAGGCACUGUUUUGGGCAUCGCUGAUCCCCGUGGUUAUAAUCUUGGCCAUCGGGACACAGCUUCAAGCUAUUUUGACAAGGAUGGCCCUCGAAAUCUUCGAGAGACAUGCUGUGGUCCAAGGGAUUCCUCUCGUGCAGGCUUCGGAUAAAUACUUUUGGUUCGGUCGCCCUCAGCUACUUCUUCAACUGAUGCACUUCGCUUUGUUUCAGAAUGCAUUCCAGAUAACAUACUUCCUGUGGAUUUGGUACUCGUUCGGGUUGAAAUCUUGCUUCCAUGCUAACUUCACACUGGCAGUCAUCAAAGUGGGUUUAGGUGGGGGUGUGUUAUGUGUGUGCAGCUACAUCACUCUCCCUCUCUAUGCUCUUGUCACUCAGAUGGGGACGUGCAUGAAGAAAUCAAUCUUUGAUGAGCAAACGUCAAGGGCACUCAAGAAGUGGCACAAGGAUGUGAAGCAGAAGAGGUUAGGCAAGGGAGGGAAGCCUGCCGCCACCGUGACCCUCGGCGGAAACGCGAGCCCAAGCCCGAGCCACUUGCUUGUGAGCACAUCCUCCGGGCACGCCCUCCACCGCUUCAAAACCACUGGACACUCGACCCGCUCGUACGCUUACGACGACGACCACGACAUGUCGGAUCACGACGACGACACCUUGUUGCCAAGGCCGCCGACGGCUAACCUGAUCACCAGGGCAGAUCACGACGACAACAGCCAUUCUAUUGAAAUCGACGAUUCCCAUCGAGAGGAGGGAAUCGGCAAUGGGGACGACUUGUCAUUCGUCAAGCCCGUCCCGCAAAGAGAGCCGUGAGAGCCACGUCGGCCCGUUUUGUACUAUUGUAUCAUAUCGUUGUGAAUUGACUCAUAGUAAACCAACAUGGUUAGGCAUGUAUGUCAUCUUGGUCGUGUGUAAAAUCACAAGUUCUAGUUUUAGAAAA